CUCACCUGUGCUGUGCUGUGUAAUCUCGCCCAGCUAGCUAGCUAGCUAGCUGCUGAGCUUGGGGAAUCACCAGCAUUGUUGCCCUCAGCUGUUUGUUCCUCACCAAAUCCCCUCUUUUCUGCUGCAGCUCGCUCCUCACACAUCACAAGAUUCGCUUCGUGUGUCCACUCGCCUCGUUUCAUCACUGCCCUCACUCGAGAAGGCUGAUGUGAGAUGGGUGAUGUGAGUUGGGUGGCGUAAUUUCCAUGCAACGAGAUUCUGUUUUAUUCAGGGGUUGUCGGAGUGAGCAGGUUGGGGUGUGAGGUAGUGGGGAGAAGGAGUGUCUGCCGUUUUCACGAAUAAUAGACCAUGCGGGGGCGGGAUGCUGGUGUAAUGUACGCUGCUUGCGGUAGAGCAAUCGAGGAGUAAGGCACCGGGGUUCAUAGGUUCAUGGGUUCAUGGUGCUCUGCCGUGCUGCGUGCUGAGACGAGUACGAGUGGGGAAGUCAUCCUAUCGAUCUCACUGGUGAUGUCUCACUUAUAGACUCUCGAGGGGAACUGUGGGUAGUGUUCACAGUAGAGACUUUUUUCAUUGAGCGUACAAGCCACGAGGUACAGGGGUGGUGUUCUCAGACCACAGGCGUUGUUUCAAGCUUCUGGUGCCGUGAUUUGCACCUCUCGAGUGCCUGGCCGUUUCUUUGUCUCAAGGACCGCGGGUGAGAGAGUAUGGGAUGCCGCUGAGGCCGUGAGGUGGGUGCUGCCCACUUGCUGAAGUUUGGAAUUUCCUUUGAAUGGCUACUGGCACAAUGGGGUAUGAGACUUGUGCGAUGGCGACGUUCCUUUCUCUUCUAUUGGUGUCGAGCUUAACGCUUUCUGCAGCUCAGAUGUCGCCAGCAUCCCUGACAGGCAGCGCUGGCCCUUACACCGUCCGUAUUGCCUGUGGUUCGUCUGUUGAAACCUAUGAUCCAAAUGGAUAUGUGUGGCAGAAGGAUUGGGGCUUUACAGGAGGAAGUUCUGCCCCUUUAACUUUCCCUAAUCCUAAAGCACCUCAGAUCAUCACCCUCCGUUACUUUUCUAAGUUUGAUGGCCCAGAGAAUUGUUACAAUAUCACAGUACCAACCGGGCGUUAUCUGAUCAGAUUGUUCUUUGCGUUCGGGGAACAAGAUAACGCUGGUCGUGAGCCACAGUUUGAUGUCUCGAUCGAAGGGACCCUUGUGCACAAUAUGGAUUCAGGAUGGAGUAAAGAGCGCGAAAAUUUUCAAGACUCGUUAGCCUUUGUGAGUGAUGGAGCUGCUACGAUAUGUUUCCACAGUUCAGGCCAUGGUAAUCCAGUCGUGGCCUCUAUUGAAGUUCUUCAAAUUCUCGAUGAUGCCUACAAGAUCGCCGACCAAGAAAGCCGUAGCUAUAUCUGGAAGACGAUGAAGAGAGUGAGUGCAGGAGCACGAAAGUCUGGCUUUGGGUCUGACUUUUUGGCUGAUCCUUGGGGUGGUGAUCGCUACUGGGAGAGCGAUAACAGCCUUUUUCUUCCGGGAUCGAUAGUACAAUCCAUAAGCACCGUGCAGAAUAUCAGUAACGCUGCUGUAACUCCCAAUAUAUACCCCAUGGAUAUUUUUCAGUCUGCUACAACAACUGACCCUAUGCAAAGUCUGUCCUACAUUUUACCAGUAGACAAUAACAGGUUGUACUCAAUCUGGAUCUACUUAGCAGAAAUUUCGCCUUUUGUGGUACGUCCGCGUGACCGAGUAUUUGAUGUUCUGGUGAACGAGGAGAAAAUCUUUUCAGAGGUGGAUAUUAUCGCCCAGGCUCACAGACCAUUCAAAGCAUUAAUUCUGAAUGCCACUGUGAUGGUAGACGACGCGAGCUCUCUUGAAUUGACCUUUAAUCCGCUUUUCGGACCUGUUGCUGUGAACGCCUUUGAAAUCUAUGAGCUCGUACCGAUUGAGGCGCCCACUUUGAAGACAGACAUGUGGGCAAUGCAGCUGCUGAAGCAAUCUCUCAGAUUACCUGCGACGUAUGGGUGGAACGGGGACCCUUGCGUGCCCCUUGCACACAUUUGGUUUGGAGUAGACUGCCGUUUCAAUAAUUCUGCGACUUCCUGGUUCAUCGACGGCUUAUACUUGGACGCUCAAGGAGUGCGUGGUGUUCUAGGAGAGGAGAUUGGAUUAUUGUCUGGUCUCCAAAUUCUGAACAUAAGCCAUAACACGCUGCAAGGAUCCAUUCCGCAGUCCAUGGGCAAUCUCUCAUCCCUUGUAGUAUUGGAUCUCUCGUACAAUCAGCUAAAUAGUUCAAUACCUGUGAACCUUGGCAACCUUCCUCACCUCCGAAAAUUGUUCUUGAACGACAAUCAAUUGAGCGGAGAGGUUCCUUCAAGUCUUGGAGCAAGUGCCCUACGGGGUGCUAUUCGGAACGUGUCCAAUAACGAGGGGCUUUGCGGAGUGGGACUGAGGCCAUGCAGUCAAGCUAACAGUGGGGGCAAAGCUGUGCGGAUCACUGCCUUUGUUGUGAGUCUGGUGAUAGUGCUGACCGCUGGGCUUGUUUUCCUUUACUGGAAGAAGAGGGCAAACAUGGCCCGAGCACAAAAGCUCGCCAGAGGUGCACCCUAUGCUAAAGCAAGAACAACAUUUGUGAGAGAUGUGCAAAUGGCAAGGACGAUGUUUACUGAUCAUUUCAGACCUGCUCAUAUUCGAGAUCCGGCCUUUGCACCAAUUCCAAGCCAAAGCAGUACUCUACUGGGAUCAACGUAAUGACUGCGUUGGUAGACAUUUCAGUCUAGUCCUACGUUCCUCUUAAUUUGUGUUGAAUUGGGGGUUUAGGGUGAUACAUUUUUAGCUUACUAUCCCAUAUUAACAGGUGCUUGUUUCCACAGUUUGUACAUUAAUGGAUCUUCGCAUCAGAGAAUCAAAGACAGGGUGAACCAAUGCAUUUGCAUAUUGCAGCUCAUAUCCCAUAA